AUGACCGUCGCUCCAGAACAAAUGAAGCAAGAGGCACCUCCACUAGAGCCCCAGGCGGCUCUGGGCCGCUUCGAACGAGUGCAGUUUCCCUACAAGACACUCAACGGUGUUGAUUUCGAAGUUGCUGUUAUCGCGCCAAAGACCGUGGUGGCGUCGGCUGCAAAACAGGAUUCGCCCUUACUCGUGCAUUUUCACGGCGGAGGCCUGGUAAUGGGGACCGUCCUCGAACCAUUCUUCAUCUCUCUAUGGCCACUUGAACUAGCGGAAAAUCACAACGCUGUGAUAAUCUCGCCUUCAUAUCGUCUCAUGCCCGAGGCCAACGGUGCCGAUAUCCUCGAUGACCUGAAGGACUUCUGGGAUUGGGUACACAAGGAUCUCGUCGCUCUAGUGAAGUCAAAAUGGUCCCAUAUCACGAUCAACCUCGAUAAGAUUGCCGUCUGGGGUGAGAGUGCCGGUGGCUAUUUGGCCCUGCAGUCAGCAUUCCUGUUCCCCGAGGCCAGCAUCAAGGCUGUCAUGCCCCAAUACUGCUGCAUGUACACAGAUCUUGUCGAGUACCAAAAUGGAGGAGUCGAUGACCCAGAGGCCCAUGCCUUGCUAGACAAAUUCGUUGCUGGUCUCAAGCCCGGAAGCGUUAGGGUCUCGUCGCCUUUCCCCGAGAACCUCAAUCUAGUGCUGGCUAUCAACAGAACAAGGCGUCACCUGGAGUUCUUUGGCUCUGAUGAACGAUUGAGUUUGGGUCACGCACUGCAAGUUGCCGAGAAGAUCCCACCUAUCUGGGUCAUGCAAGGCACAGAAGAUCGCCUGGUCAAGAAGGAAGCUAUGGAUCAGAUGGUUGCCCGAAUUCGAAAAGCUCACCCUGAGACGCCACUGCUGUAUAGCGUACAAAGAGGAGAUCACGGUUUCGAUACGGACCAUGGAUUGACGGAGCCAUACAUUGCUGAAGGCGUUGAAUUUAUUCACAAGUACUGGCCUUAG